AUGCUUCUUCGUUUCAACAUCUUCCUGUUGGCAGCUCUAUGCCUUGCAUUCAAUGGAAUCUAUGGAUGGGGAGAUGAUUUCUUCAAUAAUGAAGGAGGUGUAGUUAAUCUUGACCAAUUCGAAGCAAAUGAACAAAAUAGAGAAUUGGAAAAGAAGAAGGGUGAAGAAAAAAAUAAGGAGAAUUCUGAAAAGCGGGAAGAGUAUAACAAAGAUGGUUCUCACGUUAUUGGAGAGAAAGUUAACAAAGAAUCUAAUAAAAAAUUGGAAGAAGUCAAAAUGAGUGAAAGUAAAAAAAGCAUACGCGGAUCAAAACUUGCGGCGAUGAAAAAUUCAAAGAGUAGCGAGAGUCAUGAACAUCCCGAGCCUCAACCUGAAAUACAUCCCAAGCCUCAUCAUGAAGAACAUCCCGAGCCUCAUCCUGAAGAACACCCUGAGCCUCAUCAUGAAGAACACCGUGAGCCUCAUCCGGAAGAACGCCCAUGCUCUGACAAGCCUUCUGUUCCUUCGAAAGAGAAGCCUAUUCCAGAACAUCCAAGACGCCGUACUUUGACUCCAGAGCUUCCUUUGGAUGGUCCAAUUGGAGAACAGUUGCUUCCAAAACGUAAUAUUUUAAUUAUAAAGUUGAUAUUUCAAAGGGGAGCAUAA